AUGAGCCUCACUGAUGAUGCAUACUCACGCUUAUCUCAAGAAGAACGAGAUAAGUAUGACUCAGAAGUUCUUGCAAAGGAAAAACUAGAGCAGGAAGCAUUACCGUACAAGUGGACACAAACGUUAGACCAUGUCGAAAUGAUGAUACCAGUCCCUUCAGGCACACGCUCAAAGCAAGUACAAUUGACGCUCAAGCGAACAUCCAUUAGCGUGACUGUGCAUGGAAGCAUUAUCGUUGAGGGUGCAUUGCCUAAGCCUAUUCUGACGGAUGAUAGCACUUGGACAAUUGGUACGUUCAGCAUAUUUAAGAAAGCUUAUGCAGAAGAUGAUGGAUCUCUAUUGUCUAUAUACUUGGAAAAAGAAAAUCAGAAUGAAUGGUGGCCUCAUGUCGUGACACAUCACCCAAAAAUAGAUACGAGGAAGAUCAAACCAGAAGACUCAAGUCUGAGUGAUUUGGAUGGAGAAACUCGAGCUAUGGUCGAGAAGAUGAUGCAAAUGGGGCUUCCUACUUCUGACCAACUACAGCAACAAGAAAUGCUGGCUAAAUUUACGCAGUCGUAA